AUGCCUGACUUCAAGAUCUCCGCAUCUUUGGAGGGCCACGGCGAUGAUGUUCGCGCUGUGGUCUUCCCAACCCCCGAUGUCGUUCUUUCGGCAUCUCGUGAUGCCACAGUUCGGCUCUGGAAGCUUGUCUCGACUCCGCCCCCCGCAUACGACUAUAUGAUUGCUGCACACGGCGGCGCCUUCAUCAACAGCUUAGCUUAUGUUCCACCCACAUCCGAGUUCCCAGAUGGUCUUGUUCUCUCGGCUGGACAAGAUGCAAUAAUUGAAGCUAGACAGCCGGGCAAAGCCGCAGAUGACAAUGCGGAUGCUAUCCUCCUGGGUCACGGUCACAAUGUCUGUGCUCUCGAUGUAUCUCCAGAUGGCAAAUGGGUCGUCAGUGGCAGCUGGGACUCCACUGCUCGUCUAUGGAGGGUAGGGAAAUGGGAGUGUGAGGUCGUGCUGGAAGGGCAUGAGGCAAGCGUCUGGGCCGUGCUGGCCUAUGACGAGAACACAAUCAUCACAGGCUGUGCUGAUCAGAUGAUUCGGAUAUAUAAUACAUCGGGAACCCUCCUCGGAAGCGUACAGAACUCAAACGACGUCGUCCGAGCCUUGUGCAAGCUCCCCGCCUCGAACUCCACAGGUGCCCAAUUCGCCUCAGCUAGCAACGAUGGAAUCAUUCGCCUUUACACACUGCAGGGUCAACUUGUUGCCUCUCUGCACGGUCAUGAAAGCUUUAUCUACUCGCUUGCUGCGCUCCCAUCCGGUGAGCUGGUGAGCUCCAGUGAAGAUCGCACCGUGAAGAUCUGGAAUGGAACCCAAUGUGUACAGACAAUUACUCAUCCUGCAAUCUCAGUAUGGAGUGUUGCAGCUUGCAGUGAGACUGGUGACAUCGUCACCGGUGCCAGUGACCGCAUUACACGUGUUUUCAGCAGAAGCCCCGAGCGUCAUGCCGCUCCGGAGGCUAUACAGCAGUUUGAUCAGGCUGUCAAGGAGUCUGCUAUUCCAGAGCAACAGGUUGGAAAGAUCAACAAAGAGGAGUUACCUGGUCCGGAGUUUCUCAAAGAGAAGUCUGGAACCAAGGAGGGUCAGGUCCAGAUGAUCCGAGAGGCUAAUGGUAGCGUGACUGCCCACACCUGGUCAUCAGCAACACAGGAAUGGAUUGCAAUUGGUACAGUUGUGGAUUCAGCUGGAAGCAGUGGUCGUAAGACCGAAUAUCAUGGUCAGGAUUACGACUACGUCUUCGAUGUUGAUAUCGAGGACGGCAAGCCCCCGCUGAAAUUACCCUAUAAUGUCUCACAAAACCCUUAUGAGGCUGCAACCAAGUUUAUUGGAGAUAACGAACUUCCUAUGACCUAUCUGGAUCAAGUCGCCAACUUCAUUACCCAGAACACACAAGGUGCUACAAUUGGACAAUCUUCCCAGGAAGCCGCAGGUGCCGACCCUUGGGGCUCAGACAGACGUUACCGUCCCGGUGAUGCUGCGGCGCCCGAGGAAACUCAACCACCUGCUCCCGAGCCUCGGGCCAAUGUCCUUCCUCAAAAGAUAUAUCUUUCGAUCCGCACAGCGAACCUCAAAGUUAUUACGAAGAAGCUCCAGGAAUUAAAUGCAAAACUCGUGGCAGACGGAUCGAAGGAUAUAGCUUUGAGUCCCUCUGAGGUUGAAACAGUUGUCGCCAUGUGCGGUCAGCUAGAAUCAACUCCACAACUCGAAGUCUCGCCGGAAGUUGAAUCCGGGGUGCCAUUGAUUCUGAAGAUUGUCACAACUUGGCCUGCUGCCAAUCGACUCCCUGGUCUAGAUAUUCUCCGUCUUUUAGCGGCGGCUGUGCCAUUCACAGCAUCAGCCGAGUAUCAGGACGAAAAUGUCGUUUCUGGUGUGAUUUCCAGCGGCGUCUUCGAGCAUCCACUUAACGUCAACAAUGCGAUGCUCGCCAUGCGGACAUUCGCUAACCUCUUCGAGACCACGGCGGGCCGUGACCUAGCCAUGAGUUCAUUUGAUCAGAUCCUUGCAGGAGUGAAGUCCGCCUUGGCUAGCAGCGGAGAGUCACCAAACCGCAACCUUACAAUCGCCAUCGCGACACUGUACAUUAAUUUUGCUGUUUACCUUACCUCUGAGGAUAGGAACCAAUCACCAGAAUCAGCGGAACGGGGACUGGUGCUGCUGGAAGAACUGACUCGGAUUAUCACCGGAGAGAAAGACUCAGAAGCGGUCUACCGUGCGCUCGUCGCGCUCGGUACACUCGUGGCAGCUCUUGGGGAGGAAGUUAAGAGCGCCGCCAAGGAGGUCUACGAGAUUGAAGGUGUUCUUGCGAGAGCCUCGGCCUCAGGCCCUGGAAAGGAGCCGCGCAUCAAGGGCAUUAUUAGCGAAAUCCGCGGGGCUCUCUAA